AUAACUUACAUCCUUGGGUCGAGAAAUUUCUGACACAAGAAAUUCAACAUGGACAAGGAACGUAUUUUACAUGGAAUUCCAAAUGACAGGAAUAUUUAUGGAUACAAUUCAACAAAUAUUAUUUGAUUUUGUGUUUUGAAUAAAACUUACAACAGGACAUUCAGGUGAAAGAGAAGUCCACCAUUGACUAUGUCUCAAUCGAUUUCAUCCACUGAAAGUGAUGGGGACAUCAUACUGUACCCAUUAACUUACUUUACCGAUGAUGAAGAAGAACAAGACCAAGAUGAGAGUUCUAAUGAUGCGUCCGAUGAGAGAGAUUCAGAAAAUGAGGUGGAGGAAAGCAAACCGAAAGCUCAUAUGACCCUAAGACAGAGGCGACUCUCUAAAUCGUACUCCCCUCUCGCAAAUUUAAAAUUGAAAGUAAAAGCUGGUCAGACCCGUGCUCAUAAUCGCUGGAUUUCAGCAAUCAAAAAAGCAAGGGAUUUGUCAGACCCCUGGGCCAGUUUUCACAUAGAGGACAUAGUAACAGAAACUUGUAUCAGACAUAGGUACAACCCACACAGAAAAACAUGGACAAAGGAUGAAGUUCAAGUCAAGAUGAUGCAAAAGCCCUUCAAUCGUGGUGCAAUGAGACAGUGUUUUAGACUGAAGAAGAUCUCAACAUUCUCACGUAGUGGUGACUGGAGAAAUGCGCAGAAUUAUGUUGCCAAGCGAUACAUUGAAGAUGUGGAUCGUGAAGUUUAUUUCCAAGAUGUCCGUCUGCAGAUGGAUGCAAAAGUCUGGGGAGAGGAAUAUAACAGGCAUAACCCCCCGAAAAAGGUGGACAUCUUUCAGAUGUACAUUCUGGAGUUCAAGGAGAGACCAGGAGAGCCCUUGUACCAUUUGGAACACUUCAUUGAAGGAGAAUAUAUCAAGUACAACUCAAACUCAGGUUUUGUUGAUGAAAAUCUCCGCUACACUCCUCAGGCAUUCAGCCAUUUUACAUUUGAGCGUUCAGGCCAUACCUUGAUUGUGGUGGACAUUCAGGGGGUGGGGGAUCUAUACACAGAUCCCCAGAUACACACUGUGGGAUCAGGUGAAUAUGGGGAUGGAAAUCUUGGAGCCAAGGGUAUGGCUCUGUUCUUCCACACUCACAUCUGUAAUGAUAUUUGUCACAGCCUCAAUCUCACUGAGUUUGACUUGUCCCCAAAAGAGAUAGCAUCAAAUAAAGAUUUUUUGAGAGCACAGAGGAAGUCGAUGAUAAAGACUAAAAUCCGCGGAGAAGUAGAACAGUGCCUCUCUCUGUCUCCAUCCACAGAGAAAGUUGACAUCACAAGAUUCCUUGAUCGCCAGCGGUCAUCUUCCUCGGUGCUCAGUGAUGGUCACACACCACCAACUGACCCUGAAAGCACCAGCAAUGAUGAGGAACCAAUGUCCCUAGACAGCCCCAGUCCAAGACCAUUUGGGGUUCGAUUCAGAUCACCUAGUGACACAGAUAGCCAGUCAUCCAUGACAAGAGAGGGAUCCAGAAAUAAAAGUGAGAGGUUCAUGGCCAUAGAGGAGGAGAGGGCUGAAUUCAGUAGGAUGGCAGGUCAGCACGCCAGACCAUCUUGUGUGGCCCUAGAGAAAGACUUCCGGAAAUUAAUGAACCACAAGAUUGGAGACUCCAUCUUGGGCAAAGUUCACCAUGAAAUGGCUAAAUACCACGAGGUCGGAAAGUUUGUUGUUGGGAAAACAGUAAACGAUGAAAAUGAAAUUGACUGGGAGUCAGCCAUCUUUCACGAGGAACAUGCCGCAGAGCUUGGAGAGCUGGAGGCCAUGGUAACCAUGGCCAGACUGUAUCUAGGAAUCGACAGGGAUGUCCUGGUCAACUGUGUGGUGGAGCCAAGUGAUGAGCACACUAAUCGAGGAGUGGACUUCAUGGUAGAGGCUGCUGAAGCAGGGGAUAGGGGGGCCAUGGUCUACAUGGCCAGAGCUUUUGAAACUGGACAGGGACUGGGCACUUGCAGGUCCAUUUCCUGGGAGGAUGCAGUUUAUUGGUAUGAGCAGGCAGUGAAGACCCAGGAUAACGAUGAAGGGGGCCAGUACGACUGUACAAUCAAUGAUCCUGCCUACCAGCUGAUGGCUAAACAGGCAGAGCUUUAUAGACAGGGAGGGCAUGGGUUACAGAAGGACCCCCAGAGAGCAGGAGAACUCUAUAAUGAGGCAGCUGAAGCUGCUAUGGAAGCCAUGAAGGGUCGUCUGGCCACCAAGUAUUUCACCCUGGCAGAGGAGGCAUAUGGUGAAAUGGAGGAGGACAAGGAGGAAACAACUGGGUAGGAGAGGGAGGACACAGCUGGAGGAAGGGGCCCCAAGUAGGGGAUUUAAGUGCUAUGGGAAAAAACACUGUAAAUAACAAUUUAUUUUUGAAGGUUGUACAUUGUAUUUUGGCAGUGACCUAUACCUGGAACAUGGUUACUAUAGCAUAAAAGAGUUUUCAAAUUUGUAGAUCUUUUUUAAUUCAGUCAUUAUUAGUCAUAUGCAACUCUUGCUUUGAAACCGAGAAACCUUAUACUGUUCUAAUGUUCCAAGCAUAUUUGUGAAAACAUUGAAAUCACAUGUUUUGUUAUGAUAUUUUUUUCUUCUUCUUCUCUAUUCUGUGUUCUGAUCUCGAACUUGUCUUCAAGUUUUUGUCUUUGAGAGAUUUUAGUACAUGUAUUAAGAAGUAUUUUAUUUUUUGUGCUCAGUAAACACUGUAUGUUAAACUUUGUUUAUUUUAUUGGAAUUCACUAUUUUUGUAUUUUGUCAUUGGUGUCUUUUACAGUUAUCAAUCUUUUUUCAAUAUUUACAUGUAGUGGGAAAUCCAAGUUUAUAACCAGUAAAUUUAUCCACAGCAAGGUUCUAGUUAAUGAUUUACAAAUUAAACAAGAUUUGAAAGUUUUUCAUAUUCCUAUUCAGCAUGUAAAUACCUCUCUUAAUUUUUUAAUCAUUUUUCAAGAAAGUGUUUUAUAUUAAGGCUCCAAUGAUUCUAUGAUGUCAAGUAACCUCAUUUAUUUUUGUAUGUUGUUAUUUUUUAAUGAUUUUACAGCUGUUGUGCAUAUAACCUUGCUUAUCAUCUAUUACCUGCGUGGCUUUUUUCUUGCCUGAUUUUAGUCAAAGAAGCAAAUUUGGUUAUUAAAAGUGCAUGGGUUCAUAACUAGUCAUUUAAAAUUCACUACAAUCUAAAUGUAGAUUUAAUUUUGUGUGUUCAGCUAACAAAUAAAAUCACUGGUAAUCAUAGUUAAAAUAGAAAUGUGUUCAAUACUUUUCAUACUUGAAGGACAAUUUCCUACGAGAAAUAUUUUUUUACAUUUUCUACUUUUCUUUAAUGUGAUUAAAUCAAAUUAAAUAAUUAACAAAGGCAAGUAUUUGCUUUCAUAUUUACAUUAAUUAUGCAACACAUUGUCCUGCUUUUCCUAAAAUUUUGUGAUAAAUUUUCUGUUGUGAAGAUGUGUGUUUAACAGUCUUUCAUAUCCACCACUUUUCUUUUUCUCAAAUUUGCUGUGAUUUUUUUUCUUGUCACUUUCAGCCACUAAUAAUACUCUUACUUUAUGCAAUACACAUAUUUUGCUAAUUAACAAUAUUUUAUUUUUAAAAUGUGUAUUUUUGCCACAUUUUUAGGGGGGAGGGGUGUAUGUGUUAAAUAAUCAGGCCUCUGCAUUUGUAAAAGCAAGGAUACACAGAUUUGACUUCAUCCAGAAAGCAGGAUAUACACUGUACAUGUACAUUUAACAUGAGAAUUUAAAAUUGAGUGCAGAAAUUUUGGAGGGGGUGAAUUUCACAAAAAUCUCAGAUUUUAAAAAGUCCUGUUUAAAAGAUUGAUUUUACAUCUCAAGCACUCAAAAGUUUUGUGAUGUAUUAAAGGGGAUUAGUUUUUAUAAGAAACCCUUUUUAACAAAACCAUGUAGUUUACCACUAGAUAUAUGGAUCUAGGAACAUUGUAGGAACAUUUGUGCCAUUAGUAAAUUGUUUUGUCUGGUCUUUAGUAUUACAGUAUUCCAGGAUUAUUUUAGUAUUCCAAGACUCAAGUGAACUUUUAUUUUCACUCUAAAUUUCAUAUAGUCGUAUAUUGUGUCAUUGGCUUAAUUCAUUGUUUUAAUUUGGCAUGUCUUCAGGUUACAGUCACUUUUAAACAGAUUAAUUUGUUAUUGGUGCUUGUUGAUCUGUUUGUGUGUUAUAGGCUGGAAGACAUGACAAACAUUCAUGCAUGCUAUUCAACCAUAGAUAAGCAUUGUUAGUACAUGUAAUUACUGUUAAACAUGCAUAAUGUUUUAAAACAGCUGUUAAUUUGACUUUUUAUCUCACAAUAAAUGUUAAACUGUUA